AUGGCACCUCCGGAACCUUUCCCUAUCCUCAAUAGUUCGGUCGAACAAUUGCAUUCGGGAGCAGAUCACGGAAAUGCGCGUCGUCGUAGGAAGUCGAGCGUGCUCGGGGCGGACAUCAGGGUAGGAGAUACGGGCGCACCUAGUCUGCAAUCCAGCCUCGAGAGCUUCCAGGAGACACAUGGACACGCACAAAAGCCAUCCACACCGGAUGGCAAGGAAGUUUCCAAGAGGGGUUCCAAGCGUCGCAAAGCUCGCUCCUUUUUGCGUCGCUGCAAGCACUUCGCUCUGAAGCACACUUGGGUCCUACCUCUAGUCCUCCUAGCCGUCUUCCUGUCCUUGUAUGCCAUCAAUCCGACCGAAUCGAACCCUAUACAUCACUUCAUUUUCCUCUCCUAUAAGCUCCCUCUCGAGGAUGGCGCCGACCCCGACACGCCCCCCCAAUAUGGAAAGGGACCCUGGGAUGUCGCUUUGGUCGCUUUCUACACCGUCGUCCUGUCCUUCACCCGCGAAUUUAUCAUGCAAGAGCUUCUCCGUCCGCUAGCCAGGAAGGCAGGCUUAAAGUCGCGCGCCAAACAGGCGCGUUUCCUGGAGCAGAUGUAUACCGCCGUCUAUUUCGCGUUUCUGGGUCCGGCCGGUAUGUACGUCAUGAGCCGAACCCCUGUAUGGUACUUCAACACCCGCGGCAUGUACGAGAAUUUCCCUCACAAGACUCACGAGGCUGCCUUCAAGUUCUACUACCUAUUCCAGGCUGCCUACUGGGCUCAGCAGGCUAUUGUUCUGCUGCUCGGUAUGGAGAAGCCGCGCAAGGAUUACAAGGAGCUUGUCGGCCACCACAUCGUCAGCCUGAUGCUUAUCGGACUCAGCUACCGCUUCCACUUCACAUACAUAGGAUUAGCUGUCUAUAUCACCCACGACAUAAGUGACUUCUUCCUCGCGACAUCUAAAACUCUCAAUUACAUCGAUCACCCUCUGGUGGGACCUUAUUUCUUCAUCUUCAUGACCUCGUGGGCUUACCUACGUCAUUACCUCAACCUGCGCAUUAUCUACUCUCUAUUCACCGAGUUCAGGACCGUCGGACCUUACGAGCUCAACUGGGAAACUGAGCAGUAUAAGUGUCAGCUCUCUUUCGUCAUCACUCUGGUCCUCUUGUCGUCUCUGCAGGCUCUCAACCUGUUCUGGUUCUUCUUCAUUGUGAGGAUCGCCUACCGCUUCAUCGUCUACCAGGAAGCAGACGACGACCGGUCUGAAGCUGAAGAGUCCGACGUGGAGGAGCAGGAGAAUACGACGGCAGAGAAACCAAAGGCAAUCAAGCAAAGCACCGAGGCUGUACCGUUACUCAACGGCAAUGCUAACGGAAAUGGCAUUGCGAACGGUGUUAAGACCCGAUCAAACGGGGCAGCGUCGGCAUCGAAAAAGAAGGCUUCUCGAUAG